AUGACCCAGGAGAGCUUUUUCCAAAUUUUCUGCAUUGAAUGCUGCUGUCUGAGUUGUAAAGACUCUGAGACCACAAACAAAGGUUUCAAGCAAGGCUUCCUUCAGUCAGUGAAAUUUGAAGAAGACAAAAGACAAAGAGUAUUGGUCAGCAGCGUUCUGGAGCCGCGGUGUCACUCCCUGACAGCCAGGAGCUUCACUGAGAGCCAGUGGCUGCGAACCCUCCUGAUUCGCCUGCUGCUGGAGUUGCAUUACCGGGGCAACGCCAGUGGUCUGGGCACCAGCGGCCCCGGCUCCAAUAUGGGCAUGGGGUUCGUGCCUGAAUCCUUCCUUGGCCGCGAGGUGACCAGCGCCAAAGGCAAUGACGCCUAUCUCUAUAUUCUGCUUAUUAUGAUCUUCUACGCCUGCCUGGCUGGAGGCCUCAUCCUGGCCUACACCCGCUCCCGCAAGCUCCUCGAGGCCAAGGAUGAGACGUCCCAGGCCUGCCCGGAACACCAGUGA